AUGACCGCCAUACUUGUCCACCAGCAUCACAACGUCGAGCCAUCGUCUAAGCACCAGACAGAUGAGUCUCUACAAAUGGUCAGGCGGGCCAUUGCUUCCACCAUCGACGCUAUCGACAAGCAUCUACUAGCAGUCAACAAUGGCAUCCAUUCCCAUCCCGAGCUCUGCUACCAAGAGGUCUUUGCUCAUGCCACCAUAACCGACUUCCUUGAGUCUCAAGGGUUCAAGGUCCAACGCCACGCAUACGGCUUGGACACCUCCUUUGUCGCAGAGGCAGGCUCGGGUGGCCGGCUCGUCAUAUUCUGCGCCGAGUACGACGCUCUUCCCGACGUAGGCCACGGAUGCGGUCACAACCUCAUCGCCACAGCCUCCAUCGCUGCCUUUGUCGGAGCUGCCAGCGCACUACUUGCACUGGGUAUUGCCGGCCGCGUACGCAUCCUCGGUACGCCUGCCGAGGAGGGAGGAGGCGGCAAAGUCAAGCUCAUUGACGCUGGCGCCUUUGCUGAUGACGUCUCUGCGGCGCUCAUGUGUCACGCAAUGCCAGCCCAUCAGGUCAAGGACGGCAAGGCUGGAAUCGCUGCAUUCCGGACUCUGGCAUCUCGACGCCUUGGCAUGGAGUUCUUUGGCAAAAAUGCUCACGCCGGACAGGAGCCUUGGAGCGGCAUAAACGCUCUGGAUGCUGCCGUCAGCACAUACACAACGGUGUCUAUGCUUCGGCAGCAGAUCAAACCACAUCAGAGGGUACAAGGAGUUAUAGAAGAGGGAGGAAAGGUCCCAAACAUCAUUCCGGACUAUACGAGGAUGACUUGGGGUGUGAGAAGCUUCUCUAGCAGCGAAGUCGACGCAUUAUCCGAAAGAGUGGAAGCUUGUGCAAACGGCGCCGCUAAAGCGUCAGGGUGCACUGUAAAAAUCACACGAGCGGUACCGUAUAAAGAGUUGCGGGUGAAUGAAGCCCUAUCCAUGGCUUACGUCAGUGAGAUGGCAUCGCUGGCCAAGGAUGUUCUUUACGAGGAAGAUGAGCCCUCAUCCGCAGGAACAGACAUGGGCAACGUUUCACACGUUGUUCCAAGCUUCCACGGCAUAUUCGCCAUCCCCACGCCCCCCGGAGUCCCUUGUCACAAUCGGGCUUUUGCCGAUGCGGCCGGUACUAUUGAAGCUCAUAGAGAAGCUGUGAAGGCUGGAAAGGGCAUGGCGAUGGUGGCGAUUAGGGUACUCGAUGAUGCAGAUUUGGCGGCUAGGGUGAAACAUGACUUCGGUAGACGGAGCGGCUAG